UGCCUUCUUUAUUUAAUCUCAGUAGUGCAACGCUUUAAUCAAUAACAAGUGUUUGGAAACUGCAGAUAAAAAAAACGAAUAUGUCUAAAGGUGAAAAGAAGCAGCUCAUCCGUCGGCAAAAAGAAAAUGCUGGUACGUUUUCAAAAAAAGAAUACGUCAUGACAGAUAAAAAAACGAAUAUUUCUAAAGGUGAAAAGGAGCAGCUCAUCCGUCGGCAAAAAGAAAAUGCUGGUACGUUUUCAAAAAAAGAAUACGUCAUGACAGUUGAUAAGAAGACCAUGAUGAGUCAGGGUAAAAUUGAGCAUCAGAUAGAAAUGGAAAAACUUUUUCCUGAUGGCAGAGGCCAUAAUCUGGUUCUUGUAAAAGAGGAUGUAAAUGCUACACAACAGCUUCCGGAUAAAUAUCGGGGUCAGUUUUAUUGUGGAACAAGCACGAUGGAUGGGAACUGUUUGUUUCACGCAUGUUCCUUGGCGGUAUGGGGUGACGAAUCGCAAUCUGCAAAAUUACGAAAAUACACUGCGGAUGAAUUGUUGACGAAUCCAGGGGAAUAUUGUACGAACCACCCUUAUAUAAAGCAUUUUGUUCAAAAACUAAAGUUAAAUAAUGACGAAUUAUUAGCAAUGUAUCAUGUUAUGUUUGAUGAUAGUGUAAAAACAAUUAAAUCAGAUACAUUAACUGAACGUAUAAGGGAUGAAGGACAAAAGACACAAAAUAAUGGACGAUAUUCCAGCUUGUUACAUGUGCUUGCAUUAAGUACUGUGUUACAAAGACCAAUACAAUCCAUAUAUCCAAAGGUACCAUGGAUUUAUCGAGAACUGUAUCAUGGUACAAUACAACCUUUACCUCGAAAACCAAAGGAACUUUUCGAAAUUACACCAAAGAAAAUAACUUUAUUCUGGACUGGAGUAUCCCAUGAUGAAGCAUCACUUGUCCCCACCCAUAUUGUUCCCGUAUUUAGUAAAAAUUUAUCAGAAACACCAAUAUCACAUAAUUUGAGUGUUUCCAAUAAAUCACUUUAUGCAUCGACAGUUAGUUCGAAUUCGAACCCAAAACCAAACCAAAACAUGUCAUCCGAUACGAGUCAUGUGACAAGUGAUUCUGGCCGGAAACAACCACUACGAUCGGACAAGUCGUCUGCGGUUAAUAUUGCAUCUAUUGAACAAGAUAAAAAAACGAAUAUGUCUGAAGGUGAAAAGGAGCAGCUCAUCCGUCGGCAAAAAGAAAAUGCUGGUACGUUUUCAAAAAAAGAAUACGUCAUGACAGAUAAAAAAACGAAUAUGUCUGAAGGUGAAAAUAAGCCGCUCAUUCAUGCUGGAACGAUUCCAAAAAAAGAAUACGUAAUCACAGCUGAUAGGAAGAUCACGAUUAGCCAGAUUAAAAAUGAGCAUCGGAUAGAGAUGGAAAAACUUCCGCCUGAUGACAGAUGCCUUAAUCCGAUGCUUGUAAAAGAGGAUGAAAAUUCUACAAUAAUGCUUCGGGAUGAAUAUCAGAGUCAGUUUUAUUUUGGAACAAGCACGGGGGAUGGAAAUUGUUUGUAUCACGCAUGUUCCUUAGCGAUAUGCGGUGACGAAUCGCUAUCUGCAAAAUUACGACAAGACACGGCGGAUGAAUUGUUGAAGAAUCCAGGGGAAUAUUGUACGAACCAUCCAUAUAUAGACCGCUUUGUUAAAGAAAAAAACUUAGACAAUGACGCAAUAUUAGCAAUGUAUCAUGUAAUGUUUGAUGAUAGUGUAAAAGCAAUUAAAUCAGAGGAAUUAAUUGAACAUAUUAGGGAUGAAGGCAAAAAGACACAAAGUGAUAGACCAUGGUCAAGCUUGUUACAUGUGCUAGCCUUAAGUACUGUGUUACAAAGACCGAUACAAUCCAUAUGCCCAGAGGUACCAUGCAAUUAUCGAGAACUGUAUCUUGGUACAAUACAACCUUUACCUCGAAAACCAAAGGAAAUAACUUUAUUCUGGGGAGUAUCACGUGUUGGAUCAUCACUUGUCCCCAGCCAUAUUGUUCCAAUAUUUAGUAAACAAGACAGAGGCCUUAAUCCGUUGCUUGUAAAAAAGGAUAAAAAGGCUACAAAAAUGCUUCCGGAUCAGAGUCAGUUUUAUUGUGGAACAAGCACGGGGGAUGGGAAUUGUUUGUAUCACGCAUGUUCCUUAGCGAUAUGCGGUGACGAAUCGCUUUCUGCACAAUUACGACAAGACACGGCGGCUGAAUUGUUGAAGAAUCCAGGGGAUUAUUGUACGAACCAUCCAUAUAUAGACCGCUUUGUUCAAGAAAAAAACUUAGACAAUGACGCAAAAUUAGCAAUGUAUCAUGUUAUGUUUGAAGAUAGUGUAAAAGCAAUUAAAUCAGAUGAAUUAAUUGAACGUAUUAGGGAUGAAGGCAAAAAGACACAAAAUGAUAGACGAUGGUUCAGCUUGUUACAUGUGCUAGCCUUAAGUACUGUGUUACAAAGACCAAUACAAUCCAUAUGCCCAGAGGUACCACGCACAUUUCGAGAACUGUAUAAUGGAACAAUACAACCUUUACCUCGAAAACCAAAGGAACCAAAGGAAAUAACUUUAUUCUGGACUGGAGUAUCACGUGUUGGUGCAACACUUGUCCCCAGCCAUAUUGUUCCCGUAUUAAGUAAACAAGAUAACAUGAACACAGAUUCUACAAUUUUCAAAGGAUGUUUGACCUGCCAAAAGAAGAUACCAGUGUAUGAAACAAAAUGCUUAACCAAAGGCUGUUCCAAUCAUGUCGAUCCAGGAUAUUUGAAAAUUGAGCAAGGAGACCACAUAGAGGUCCCUGCUGAAGGAUGCUGUGGGCUCUUCAUUAACCACCACGCUAUCGUAGACUCAUUUGAGUGUAGCAACAAUGGAAAUGGAAAAAUCCAGGUUAUAGACGUUCCAUAUAAACCAACAGAUAGCAAGUUAAUUAUUGAGAAUCAUACUUUACAAUACAAAGAUAACAUUGACUUGAGUACUGUAAAAAUAAUUAAAUAUAAAAGGCCCUUGAAUGACAAAAAAGAAACGCACAAAAGAGCGAAACAACAUAUAUCUAAGGAUUUGGUAGAUGAAAAAUACCACCUCUUCGUUCGAAACUGUGAACAUUUUGCAUCGACGUGUGUUAACGGUAAUGAUCCUAUUACCAUUGACAACAAAUUUACACAUGCUGCGUCUCUGCAGACGAUCCGAUGUGUUGUCAUACUUUUUCAUGCGUUUUGCCUUCUAACCAUGUCUGCCAUGUAUCUUGUUAAUGUAUUAGUUUAUAUUGGUUUUGUAGGUGAUGAUGAAAGACUGAAACAAGCGUUUUGUUUAUUUAAAUCAUGUUACAUAGGUAAAAAUCAUGGUUUCACGAACACUAUUUGCGACUGGGAGAUAUUGGCAGGAUAUGCAGUAUUAUUGUUUGUUAUUUCAUGUGUAAUAACUCUGUAUCGGUGUAGGUGUGGAUUGUGGAUUGGUGAUUGCGAAUGCGGGUGUGGAAGACAUCGGCGGAUGUGUUUUCAAUGUAUAUGGUCUUCAUUCAUUGUUAUGAUUUCCAAAAUACUAUGCAUUUCUGCAAUGGAGUCAAAAAAUUUCCUUUUAGAGCGUUUUUGGUUACAGAUUUACCAACCAUUGAGUUUUGGAUGGUUCAUUACCAUACUGCUUUUAACAGUUAUUAUUGAGUCGUUAAUUGUAUACUUUUUAGCUUCUUACUAUUUUGCCAAAAUAUUGGUCUGGUUGUUCGGUAAAUGUGUGAAUAUAUUAUUAUGCAAAUGUUGGUGCGAGGGAUGUUGUUGCGAAAUGUAUGAACAGUUCGUUAAAUGUAUAUGUGGAUGUAUUGAUGAAGAUUCACAUGACUAUUGUGUAAGACAUGGAUUCGUUUAAUCUCUAAACCAACAAUUGAUUGGAGUGACAAUGUUGCUAAAUUAAACAAUUAAUCCAUAUUGUUUUGUUCUAAAUAUCAUCGUUUGGAAAAAAGGUAAUACCUGACAAAAACCAAUGAUUUCCUUUAUUUAACAGUAUAGUUUUGAUGUUGUUUGUUAAAAGACAUUGACAGACCAAUAUAUUUAAAUUUAAUAACUUAAACGAAGCGUGUAAUGCAUAUGUGUAUUUGUAAUAUCGUUCCUGAUAAAUCAACUAUAUGUGACCUGUGAUGCUUAAAUGAAACUAUUGCUUUCUUGAUUAAAAUUCAAAAUACAUUCAGAUAAAUGUCCUACCAGUGUAUAUUACAUUUUUAUUUGAUAAUAAUUUGAACGUUUCCCUAUUGAACACUGUUCGCCUUUCAACAUUUAUAACAUACAUCUUUAUGCUUCUAUGUUGUAAUUGUUGUUUGGAUAACAUCGAUUGUUCAUUUUAAAUGUAUAUGCUCAAUCGGUAUCAGUGUAUACCAGACGGCGGUACAUUUGUAUUGUCAUAAUCUGAUUGAGAGUUGAAUUAAUUAAUAAAUUAUAGACUCAUGAA